AUGUGCAACCAUGCAAAUAAACCUCCACCUGACUUAUUAAAGAUUAAUGAGCUGAUGUUGUGGAUUGUUCUAUUCAUCGCCAGUGCCACAGCAGAUCUUUGGACAGAAACAGAACGCAUCAGCGACUUGCAGCAAUGGCGAGCAUUGUGUGGACGUUAUGCGGUAGCCAGAGCAUAUAUGGAGGAUAGCAAUGCGAGAAUUACGGUUUUUGCACCGGUGGAUGACGUAUUUACUUACAACCCAGAUAUUCGAGCACUGGAUCAAAAAGAGACUCUUAGCCACAUAGUUGAUACACAAGUGGUAGAAAUCUCUCAAGGAAAGCGAUGGGAGAAACAAACAUUGAUUCGAUCCACCAUAAACAGCGGAUAUAUCUAUAUAACACAAUUUGAGAAUAACCCAGGAAACUUUUCAUACUUUGCCAAUGGUGGUAUGCUUUGUAAUCAUGCAACGAAUCAAUGGGGAAUGAUAUCUGGAGAACAGUACCUGUACAAAAUUUGCACUCCCAUUGGACAUCGACCGUAUCCCGGUACGGCGUUGUCUUACAUUCGCGACACCGAACAGAUACUGUUCGAAGAUCGACAGUAUGACAAUAGCGAACUCACAGAAUUACGAGAUAUUCUCAAUCGAGUGCCUGAUAUCGCUCUCGUAAUCUAUGGCAGCUCUGCAUGGAAUGGCUUCCACACAUUUUUCCUUCCCAACGAUAAAGCCUUUGCUAAGGUCAUCGAUAGACAACGCAUUGAUCGUGAAGUGCUUCUAGCACAUGUCACUGGUAUGAACAGAGUGUUGUUCACUUAUCCAUGGAUGUAUGACUUUGGCAUCCAUUAUUAUCCAUCAAUCAGAUUCUCCUCAAACAUCAUCGAAGACAAUUUCAAAUUGAAGCUUUCGAUGCGAAACAUUACGGACAGACGAACAGGAAGAUGGGACUUAUUUGCCGUUUCGGAAGUUUACGAACGCUACUCACAAUUUCGAAGAGGAGCAGUUUGGGCAAAAAUUCUUGUUCCAAAUAUUCCAGUACAAAAUGGUGUUGUUCAUAUAAUCGAUAAUGUUUUGGGUAUUGUUUCAAACACAAUCGAUCAGCUAGUCAUGGAAAACUAUCGCUGCACUACCUUGAUGCGAUAUAUCAACACCAUAGGUCAAAUUGUUAGAAACUACUUCUCAGCCACUGGUGGAUUAGUCACGUUCUUUGCACCAUACAAUGAAGCUUUUGAAAGAAUUCCGGAACAAAUCGAACGGCGACUGCUUAGGGACCGAGUUUGGCUUGAGCAGGUACUCAAACUGCACAUAGUACCUGCUAAAGAGCUCACUUCGGACGAGAUCACCAACGAGACAAUUGUUUCAACCGUAGAUAAUAUUCGACAGCUAUACUUUAUCAAAGGAGAAUGGCCAAAGAACAAUAUCACCUAUUAUGUGAUCGGUGGUGGUAUCAAGACUGCAAUUAUCCAAGAUAAUGUCGCUGCCACGAACGGUAUCGUACAUUAUAUCGAGCGAGUACUUGGUGUACCUUAUCAGUCACUGUGGGAAAUUCUUAGAAACGAGACACGACUACAGAGAUCGUAUGAAAUGCUGACAAACCUGCAGCUGCGAUAUGCGUUAGAUCCAUGGCAAGUGUUGACCCCUGAGCAGAACUUUACCUUUUUCGUACCCACCAAUGAGGCUUGGGACACAAAGGUUGCCCCUUCGUUAAAAGCUCGUAUGAAUGAUGGAAAUCAUUGGCUAGCGCUACAGUACGUCUUCAAACGGCAUAUUAUUCAAGGGCAGGCUUUGAUGUAUACAGAUCUUCGAGAGAGAACCUAUGUAAUGAUGAAUGACGAAAAAGUAGUGAUUCGAAGGAGAGGACGAUAUUUCGAACUCUACUGGCCCCGCGGUGGUCGAGUGGCACGAGUGAUUGAAGGCGGUGAAAUUGCUGGUAUUAAUGGAUUUAUGCAUAUGAUCGAGGACGUAUUAAUUUAUGAGCCAGAUUUACGAGCACAUGGCGUUGUGAUAGUUUUCCGAAGCAACUAUGCAUUGAAUUCCUUGACUAACAUCCGCGUUCUGGAUUUGUCCCACAAUCAGCUAACUAGUUUAGCAUUUGCCCAUGGAAAUCAUGCACUUACGACUCUCAACCUUGCUCAUAAUUCUCUCAGGUAUCUUCCCGAUCUCAGUGGCCUUCGCUCUCUACGUAUCGUUGAUUUAUCCUACAAUCAUAUCCUUUCCGUUAACCCUGCCUAUCUACCACCAAAUGUAGAAUCUCUACGAUUAACCGGAAACAACAUCACCCACCUCACUAAAUGGCCAUUUCUUAGCAAACUGCAGGAGCUCGACGUCUCCUUCAAUCCACUCGAAUGUGCCUGUCCAUUAUGGGAAUUUGUGAAUUGGGCUGAGAGCUUGGCGCUGUUCCAAGAGGAGUCGCUACCGUGCCAACGACCGAAGAGUCUGCGGAGGAGCCGCGCGGGCAGCGCAGAGAUGAUCUGUGGACCGGAAGUGGUCGCCUCGCAACAUGUCGACCAAACCUACCUUUCACUUGGUGAACCUCAUCGAAUGUGUUGUUUGGUAUCUUCUUACCCUCAACCUACAAUUUGGUGGCACCAUGAAGGACGAAAUUUUGAUUGGGGCACAGCACAAAGACAUCUCCCAGAUACCGGACAAAUCGAAACCUGUGUGGAGAUUGCAGCUGUAUCGGUAGAUGAUCUCGGCAUCUAUAGAUGUUUCGCUCAGUUAGAAGAUUUGGUAGUGUCCAAAGAGUUUCAAGUGCAACGAACCAGGGAGCCGCUGGUUUUGAGUUCACCUCCUAACAUCAUAUUCUACUGCCAAUUUAGCAUUGGAUUAUUUAUUUUUGCCUUUUGCUGUGCAACUUGCUGCAUUCUUCGACGGGGACGACCGAGCAAAACGGGUCCGCAAAAGGACCAUCAAUUGCAGACCAAGGUUGUUCACGUUCUCCCUCCCAAAGAAGACUCAUCCGACAGUGUUACCCCGUCCUACGGUAGCCAAGACCAAUACCAUCAUCCCGGAUGUUGCGCUGAAAAUCACCAAUACUUAAUAACACAAGAAGAUUGCUAUGCUCCCGACUAUCCCUUCAUGGAAGAGCGACGGUAUCUAACAUCCAAGCAUCUGGAUGACUCAGCUCAACGGCGAAUUUCUCAAUGGCGACAUCGUAUCGCCGCCAUGAGGGCGCCACUGGCACAAUUUGACAAGGAGACCAAUAUUAUGGGGAUUGUACAUACUUCUGUAUAA